AUUUCCGCAUAAUUUUUUGCUGUGAAAAGUCGCGUUACAGCGACGGUCUGGGGACGGUGGGGGUGGGUGGAUGGCGUUGACAUAAAAAAAAAAUUGUACUUUUGCAACUGCAGGACCCAAUCUACGCCGAGAGGAGGAAGAUAUUAUCAAUGAAUGCUGCAGUGGUGGGCAACUCUCUAUCUUACUGAAAUUGUUGCACACAAGCAAAGCUCUACUUGCUUCACUCGUGACUCUUCAGAAUUGGACCUUUUUUUUUUGGACGGAACUUCAGAGCUGGACCUGUCAAGGAGUUUCCUUCCCUUGUUGAUUAAAUGUCCAACGUGAUAGAGAUUUUGCACCCUUUGGAUUCCACAAGAGUUACUUAGCAGAGACGCACGUUGAGCAGGCUUCCAAGACAAGUGAAGCUCAGCCUUCAGUUGCUUCUCCCACUACACCAACUCAACAAGCUUUGCUGCUUGUGCUAAAGCUAUAAGGAGAGCAGACUUCCCUCCUGGUUUUGUCUUUGGCACUGCUUCUUCAGCUUACCAGUAUGAAGGCGCUGUCAAUGAGGGUCAACGCGGACCUACAAUAUGGGAUACUCUCACAAGACGACCUGGGCGGGUGAUAGAUUUCAGCAAUGCAGAUGUUGCUGUUGAUCACUAUCAUCGUUACAAGGAAGAUGUGGACUUGAUGAAGGAUAUUGGCAUGGAUGCGUACCGGUUCUCUAUUUCAUGGUCACGUAUCUUUCCAAAUGAUUUUCUUUCUAGAUGGAACAGGCGAACCUAAUGAAGAAGGAUUGAAUUACUAUAACAGCCUCAUUGAUGUUCUAUUAGAUAAAGGUAUACAACCAUAUGUAACACUCUUUCACUGGGACCUUCCCCAAGCACUAGAAGACAGAUACGGUGGAUGGUUAAACUCCCAAAUUGUGGAGGAUUUUGUUCACUAUGCUUCUACUUGCUUCAAGGAAUUUGGAGAUAGAGUGAAAUACUGGAUCACAUUCAAUGAGCCCCAUAAUUUUGCGAUUGAAGGCUACGACCUUGGCAUUCAAGCACCUGGGAGAUGUUCCAUUCUGUCUCAUCUGUUCUGCAGGGAGGGUAAAUCAUCAACUGAACCAUAUAUUGUAGCUCACAACAUACUCUUAGCUCAUGCUGGUGCUUUUCAUUCUUACAAGCAACAUUUCAAGAAAGAACAAGGAGGUCUCAUUGGAAUUGCACUUGAUUCAAAGUGGUAUGAACCAUUGUCAGGUGUCGAUGAAGACAUAGAGGCAGCAGCACGAGCAAUGGACUUUGAGCUUGGAUGGUUCCUGGACCCCUUAAUGUUUGGCCACUAUCCUCCUUCUAUGCAGAAACUUGCAGGCGAUAGGCUGCCUCAGUUUUCAACUCAGGCAUCAGAGUUAGUAUCUGGUUCGCUAGAUUUUGUGGGUAUAAACCACUAUACCACAUUAUAUGUUAGGAAUGACAGAAUGCGGAUCAGAAAACUUGUGUUGAAUGAUGCUUCAACCGAUGCUGCAAUCAUACCAACUGCUUAUAGGCAUGGAAAGAGAAUAGGAGAAACGGCAGCAUCAAGCUGGCUGCACAUAGUUCCUUGGGGCAUGUUCAAACUGAUGAAGCACAUAAAAGAAAAGUAUGGAAAUCCGCCUGUGAUCAUUACUGAAAAUGGUAUGGAUGAUGCAAAUCACCCCUUUUCAAGCUUAGAAAAUGUUCUGCAGGAUGAUAAAAGGAUACAAUAUCAUAACGACUACAUGUCUAACCUUCUAAAUGCUAUAAGGAAGGAAGGCUGCAAUGUCCAUGGUUACUUUGUAUGGUCACUGCUCGAUAACUGGGAGUGGAACUCAGGGUACACGGUGCGGUUUGGUCUCUACUACAUCGACUACAACAACAACCUGACAAGGAUACCCAAGGUGUCAGUCGAAUGGUUCAGCCAGGUUUUAGCCCAGAAGACGGCUAUCAUGUAGAUAGCAUAGAGUGAAAGUGAUUCUAGAAUGGCCAUUAAUUAAGUGUACAUAACUUCCAUAGCUUACGACCGUCAACCACUGUUGAAUGCAUCGUUAUAUUUGUACAUUGAUGUUACAAAAUCAACAAGAGAAUGAGAAUUACAGUCCCCA